GAUCUCCUAAAAGUAACCAGUAUUAGAAUACGUCUUUUCAGAGCUUUAUUCGUAUCAUUAAUCGUAGGUGACACGAACGGUUUGUUUCUGGACACGCAACUGGUUCAGCUACCACUGUCUUUGACCCCAUACUCGUGGAUAAGACCAAAGAACUUGAGAAAUUUAACCGUAGGUUAAACUUUUUAAAUUAGUCCUUGUGUUAGUAUUUCAAAUUUCUUAUUUUAUUUUUAAAGAAAUCACAGGAUGUACUUUUAACGUUUAUCGUUAAUCCUUUUUUUUUUUAUUUUUUACUUUCGAACUGUGUUUAUCAUUUUAGUCAUUCAAAUAAUUGUAACGUUUGUAUUUUUUAAUCAUUAAUAAAAGCAAUAAAUUGAAAAUAAAUUUAGGAACCAUUAACAUUGUUCGUCGCCAACCCUGAAUAUCCAGAUCUAAUUACAAACAACAAACAUAUAUUGCACAGUGAGGUAAAUUGAACUUUACAUACUUCUAUGAGAGUUCUAAUUCUUGCGUAUAAAAUAGUACGAGCCAGAAUUGGUACGUGACUCAAGAACAAGCUCGCGUGUAAUCGUGGUUAAAUAAAGAGCAACUUUCAGUUCGCGCGAUGGUUUAUCUCUGCGUUAAUAAACCUGCAGUAUUGCGGUCGAGAUGGAUUGGAAAUAAGUGGCGAGAACGGUAAUUUCAUUUGGAAUGGACGGUACCAAUCUUGGAAAGGCUGGAUGAAUGUGUAUUCCAUGUGCAAAGCUGGUAAAGGGACGCAACAUCGGCCUAUCGUGAAUCCAAAUGGAAAGUACAUCGUAAGACUGUACUUUCUGGGAGCAUGGCGUCGUAUCGUAGUGGAUGACAUGAUACCAGUGAACGUCGAAGGGUUGCCGGUCUUACCUCGGACUGCUAACGAUCAUGAAUUGUGGCCAAUGCUUCUUUCGAAGGCUUUGCUGAAACUCUGCUCCCUGACGUGGUCUCGACAUCGUGAGAUCGUAGAUUUUCAUCCUGUCAGCUGUCUAACUGGAUGGGUCUGUUUACGAUUGAAGAUCGACUACCUGUCUCCCAGAGACAAAUGGGAUUUUCUGAGAAAGUAUGCGGACCAUUUCGAAUGGGAACCGGAAGCCACGGAACAGGAGAAUGUUUCGAAGUCCAAGAUGAGCAGCGAUGGAAAGAAGUCCAAGGACACUGUACGGACCAAAAAGUCCAAGGAGACCGAGAAGUCGAGGAAGACUAGGAGCACCGAUCGGUCGAAGAAGUCGAAGGACAGCAGUCCAUCGAAAAAAUCCAAGGAUCGCGUUAAAAAGCAAACAGCGUUGAGCAAACCGCAACCAGUCACCUUGUUUCUCGGUUUGGAUAAUAUGAAGACGUUAUCUUCCGAGGCAGUGCCUGAUGAAGCCACCUCUGCCGAGAUGGAAACUCUAUCGUUGGCUAAAGUGGGCUAUCGAGGAGGGUAUAAUCGAUCCAGUCGAGUAUUUCGUCCCGAUUCGCUCCCUGAAAGUUGUCAGCCCCCUGAAAACCUUCGAGAAGAGCGUCAUCGACAGAUUCAACGACGCAGAUAUGGAAGAACACCUCCAAAAAGAAGAAAUCGAUCGCGGAACCACUUCAGAGAAAUCUGAUCGGAAGAGAAAACAUCGCGAUAAGUCAAAAGAAUCCUCAGGAAAGACGUCGAAAAAAUCCUCGAAGAAGACACCAAAAGAUUCCCAAAAGAAGACUUCAGAAGACCUCCCAGUGGACAUUAGUUUCUGGGUAGACUUCAACAAAAUGGAGCCCUACGUGAGGGACGUCCAUUUCUUCUACAAACUAGAUUUAUUCCAAUACACUGCAAAGGUCUCGGAUCGUUUAACCAGCAGGCUGCAGGAUCACCGAUCAGAGACGAAGAAAGGUAGCAGAACGGGUAGCAAAAGAAGCUCUCCGUCCAAAGAACCAGACUUCGUCGACGUCCACUGUUGGCCCCAGAAAAUGUCCCCAACCAGAAACGAACCUCUGUACAUCUUCACCGACUCCCUAGAAGAGAAGUUCUUUCUCAUCGACUUCUCCACGUUCCAGGUUCGCGUCGAUCCGCGAGCAUCGACAGUUCCCAUGUCAGGUGAAGGCGACAGAAAAACGAGCUCUUCGAGUAUACCAGUGGUGGACGAGGAUUAUCUGAUCGUGGAGAAGCACAACUGGUUCCGCAGGCCGAAAAAGACCUACAGCUUGGUUUACAUACAGACUGCUGGAACGAGGUCAACGGUGAUGGAGUUGAAGCCGGGAAGACAUCUGCUGCGAGUGUACUGUCGCUCGGAGUCUAAUUGCUUCCUAACGAUUUCAUCGGACACGAGCUUCCAGCUGGGAGAUCGAAAGAGGAUGUACCAACUGAUGUCCAUCGAGUCCGAGACGAUCGAUCAAGCGGUGAGGCACAUCAGCAACUCGUUGAGCAGAGCCUAUCAAUCGUUCGGCACCGAGACGUACCAGGAAGCUUUGAUGGCGUACUACGACAGCUACAUGCCACCACCUGAGAACAUCCGGAACAGAAGCAAAGCCUUCUACGACAACAUCCACGAGUGCUUCAUCGACGAACAAGUGCAGCUGAUCAGAAAGAUCUUACCUGCAGACCAAUUGCCAGGAGUUUUGUGGUCGUUGAGGGUGUUCUUCCUGAACCCUAUAAUUGGCAUGCAGUGCUUCAACCCUAUGUUAAUGAUGCUGAAGAACAUGCGGGAAUCGACAACGACGAAAUAUUCGACAAACUCUUCUCAGGAACGAUUCAAUCAUGGUAAUCCCGUUGAUCACUACGCUGCGACUAUCAUUCAGUCGUUCUUUAAAAUGCUGAUGAUCAGAAAGUACAGGAGGAUCCACGAUCCCAGCCACGCGCAACAUCAACUGGUUCUAGAGAACCUGGCGAAGGUGGCGGAGUUGUUCGAUUAUAAUAAGCGAGAAUCCUUAGCCGCCCAGAUGUUAAGGAACAUACUGAGGCAAUUCGAUAGACUUCAGGACGUGUAUCCUUGCACUAGAGACUUCGAGUACACGCUCCAGGUGCAAGAACUGACUGGGACUCUGGGAAACGUGAAGUCGAACCAGUGGCUGCCUAUGGCAAGGUUCACGGUGAAUCCCCGUAUUACCGAGACCGUUUUCGCAGGCGUGGAUCUGUUCGUCGAUGUACCUAGGUACAGUGUCCGAGUCUUCGACAACGAGACCGAGCACGAGAUGUUAAGAGUGGUGAACAACGUGGUCCCAACUCGCUACCACCAUACUAGCCUAGGGUACACGAUCUUCGGUUAUGGCUGGAGCGAGGAGAAGGUGUUCGAGGAGCUCACUUGGACGAUGACCAUAAUCACCAUGAAGGGGCAGCCAGUGUUUUACUCUGCCAACGACGAAACUUCGCCAUCCGCGAUUACGCUCCCUCUUCUAGUCACCGAAGAGCUGUCCAACGUUUACAUACCAAACGCGAGCAAGUACAUUUCGAAGUGGAUCGUUAAGGUAGCGAGUCCCACCUUGGCAUCUUUCAGGUUGAGGACGUCCUAUGAUAAAGUGAAGAUCAAGUUCAGGGUGACGGACGAGAAGGGUAGAGUCUUGACCCAGGUGAAGGGAACGUCGGUGGUCAUUCUGCCGGUUGCGUAUUUGGGGCUGCAACGAGAGGAAAGUCAGAUGCAGGUGAACGUGGAGAACAAUGUUGAGGGCAGCCAUCUUGGUAGGAUCGGGACUAAUCACGAUAAGCUUUCGAAUGGCGACGAAAGCUACAGCAUAGGGGACACUGUGGAGGAAAAGCUCGAGUCUAAAGUUAGUCAGGAGUCGAUGAGUCGUCGAACGUAUUACGCGGAAGCUUUCGUCCUGGAGGACAGCUGGCCCUUGACGAAGUCAGAGUGGGCUGCUGUGAUGGAGAUCAAGUCGAAGGUCACGGGCUCUAUCGCGAAAACGAAAUCGUCCGUCUCGAUUACGAAUAAAGUAUCCAAGUCUGAUGGUUCGAGGACCAGAAAGGGUUCGAAGCAGUCCGUGGAUGGAGGUCAGGCUGUGGAGACUCCUCGUUGGGUUCUUCAAGUUGUCACUGAUUCUGGGAGCGGUUUAGAGAUAACCCAAGACAGAACGAAAGAGAAGGAGAUAGCCCAGAUGAAGGAAGCCUGGGCGAAGGAGAACCCUGACAGCCUGCAACGCGGGCGAGAGCUCAGAGAAGCCUUCAUUGCUAAACACGAGAUCCCGCCGGAAGCUUCGACCGUUGAAGGUAUCAAGAAGUCGUCUACUCAGACCGUAAAGUUCUCCACGAAGAGGGCCAGUAGGGGAACGGUUGUGGACUGUUGCCUGGAGACUUCAGCGACCAAGAUCGAGAAAAGGACGACGAAACCGUGUCAGUCGCUUCGAAGACUUCCUGCGGUGGAUCUGUCGUCCUAUAAGAUCAAGGAGGACGAAGAGGAGGUCUCGUGGCUGAAGACAUCGCACGACGAAGAGGUCCUGAGCAACAUCCGUGCGUUGAACAUCAUCUACGCUGAAGAAGACUAUAACCACGUUCUGGAAGAGAUGAAUGGCCUGUUGAAAAGCAGGAGAAAGGGGUAUCGCGAGCUCUUCGGAAAGCACAAGGAUUCAUUCUGGGAGAAGAGAGCUUUAUUGGAGGACGUGUACGAAGCCAGGAAGGCGUACAUCGGUACCACAAAGUCGGUGAGCGUUCAGAGUACCAAGAGGAGUGCGAGGAGUAAGAAGAGUACGAAAUCGAAGAAAGUUUAAGUUACUUAUUACUCGUUUUAACUAGGUUUCGUUUAAAAAUUUUUAAAUUUUCCCGGACUUUUUGUUUAAACGAAUAGCCAUUUAGCGGUGAAUAACCCGAACUAAUUCUCGGAGUAUGAUCAGCGCCUCUCUCGGGAAAACGCUCAAGUUUGUCCUCGAAUAGUCAACGCUAGAUGGCGCUAUUUAUUUAUUUUAAAUGUAAAAUUAAGAGUUCAGGGUUACAAAAUGAUUCUCAUUCAUAUUUUAAUAUCGGAAUAAUUGUCCACCUAUUUAUUUUGUAAUAUAAAUAUAAAAAAAAAAGCUAUAAUUACCUCUAUCGCGCUCUACCGGGAAGACGCCCAAGUUCGUCGCCGAUUAGUUUGGCUUGAUCGCUACUAGAUGCCGAUACAGGUAUUCUUACAGUUUUUUUUUUAUAUAUAUAUCCAAAAACAAAUAGAUGGACAAUAAUUGCAAUAUUAAAAUAUAAAUGAGAAUCAUUUUGUAACCUUGAACUUUUAAUUUUUUAAUUAUAAUAAAUAAAUGACUUUAUCCAGCGUUGGCAGAGGGAACUAUUCGAGGACAAACUUGAGCGUUUUCCCGAUAGAGACGCUGACCAUAACUCCGAAAUUAGUUCUGCAUGUUCACCGCUAGAUGACGACACAAUUUCAGGCGGGAAAUUUGAAUUCCAUUUAUUUAAUUAAAGUUUAUUCCCGGUACCUGUAGAUACUAUUGAGCAGUUUAAAAGAUUAAUACAUUAAUCACUCUGUUUUUUACUGUCGGCCUGUCUCGGCUUCGCCUGGGAGCAAUUUUGAAUUUUCUACCAAACUACUUUGUAACCAAGUUCAUAUAAGAUUUCUUUACAGACGACAUUAGUCGCUUUUUAUUUUAAUCUCAACACGAAGAAACCACGGAGUUUAUUUUAUACUACAUAAAGAUGUAUAGCAUGAUCUGGGUCUUUGUUAAGUGGAAUCAUAUUCCUUUUAGUAAUAGAAUAAAUAAACGUAUCAUGAACAGUCUAAAUAAUUAUAUGACUGCGUAUUCACCAUAAUUUUAGGAUAGGCUGAUAUUAAACUGUAAACAUCAGAAU